CUCUUCCUGUUCAUUAUACACACUCGAUUCGAGAGGGUCAAGAUGUCUGGACUUCUGCGGGGAAUCGCUCGUGUCCGGGCCGCUCCGGUUCUGCGGGGAUCAGCCAUCACCCAGCGAGCCAACAUCGCCACUCGCCCAGCCAAGGAUAAGUUUGGGCCCGUUGAGACAGCGAUUGGUCUGACUGUGUUUUCUUUAACCAUCCUGGGACCAUCUGGGUAUAUUCUGGCCAACCUGGAAAGCUACAAAAAAAAGGAAGCCGAUGAGUAAUCCACCUGUCAUUGACCGAAGGCGGUUUGUCCGGUUUUAUUGCUUUUAACAUGUUGGGACCACCAUCUCACAGACCUCCAUCUUACCUAACCAGCGGAACAAUUUGUCUACCCUGCUACCUCUCCAUGCGACCGUUUACUUUCCUCCAGACACUCCGGUCUUUUGUUACACCGAGCGUUUGCUCCCUCUUAACAACUGUGUGAUAACGUAAUCAUGGAUGGUUCAAUUCUCCUUACCUGGAGCUGUUACAGUUUAAAUAAAUCAUUAUUUAAAUCUUAAA